AAAUUAUGGUUAAUUUUGGGAGUGGGUUUAGUAAUUGAAACUGACUGCCAUUUAUUUCUUCUCAAUUCUGAAAAUUGCGAAUCUUUAUGAUUAGGAAUUUAUUGGAGCCAUCAUGUUCUUAUUCUGCGGAUUCCGCUUUUUCUUUUUUCUUUUAUGUUGUGAUCCGAUGGCGGGGUUUUUUUAUGUUAGUAAUUUUUCGUCAAAAUGAUAUCCGGAUAAAAUGGACGGCCUGGUGCACUGAACCUCCUACUAUAAGCGGGGUGCGAGGAAGGGUCGGACCACAAUGAUCUAUGCGUGAUCUGAUACUGUUUACAGUUAAUAUAAGUACUUGUUGCAACUUCAAUGCCUUCAGUAAUUUCGCCUCAGUGGCAAGAGAAAGCUAGUGGAUUCUUCCAAUCUUCCGGGGUGAAGUUGAAAGAAGCCGGGCAGUCUGCUGGAUCAUUUGUUGGGGAGGUUGCCAAAGAUGCUAAGGGAAACGUUGGCGAGGUCGCUGAGAAAGUUGGAUCAGUAGUCAAAAGUCGAUGGUCGCUCCUACAACAGCCAUCAACAAGACAUGCCAUGCAGGAGCGCUUUAUUUCUGCGGCUGCUACAACCAGCUUCUUCUUGAGGAAGGGGUUUUUGGAGACAAAAGAUAAGGUUACUGUUGGAAAGACCAAGGUCGAGGAGGUGGCAAAGAAAACUGCACAGAAAAGCAAGACUUUGCUGACUGAUAUUGAGCGGUGGCAGAAGGGAGUUGCCAGCACAGAUGUGUUUGGAGUCCCCAUUGAUAUCCUUGUGCAGAGGCAACAAUCAACUAGAUCCGUUCCUUAUAUCAUGGUGAGAUGUGCAGAUUAUCUUGUCUUAUCAGGGCUGAAUUCACCUGAGCUGUUCAAGGCUGAAGGAGAAAAAAAGGUCAUACAUCAAUUGGUUUCUUUCUACAAUCAAGAUCAAAAUGCACCAAUACCUGAGGGGGUAAAUCCAGUAGAUAUUGCAGCUCUGAUGAAGUGCUACCUUGCAAGUCUACCUGAGCCAUUGACAACCUUUGAGCUUUAUAAUGAAAUAAGAGGUGCUCGCUCAAGCAUACACGCGAUGAAGAAUACCUUAAAGAAGAUUCCAACCGUCAACUACAUGACACUGGAAUUGAUCACUGCGCUGCUGCUCCGCAUAAGCCAGAAAUCUCUGGUUAACAAGAUGGAUGCUAGAACUCUUGCAACUGAAAUGGCUCCAAUCCUUAUUUGGCAAAGAGGACAGAGUCCACACCUGUAUGACCAGUUCUGGAAUCAUUCAGCAAAAACUUCUUCAAAGAAAUAUAUGGACUCCAACUCUAACUCUAGUGCAUGGGAGAUGCUUGAAGAUGAAGGUGAAAAUGUUGAUGCAUCUUCUCCCAUCCCGUUGGAUGAUGGGCUGCCAAUCGACUUGGGUGCUAUUGAUGCCAUUCAAUGUUUAAUCGAACAUCAUAAUGCCAUAUUUACCGAUGCAAAUGAAACUGUUUGGCGAUAGUAUUAAAUCAGACUCAGAUUGGAUAUAUUGCACAUAUAGAAUGUCUUUAUCCAUGGUGAACAUCAGAAAAAAGUUUGGAAUGCUUUGUCAUCAUACUUUAUUGUCUCUUUACAUUUAGGAGUGUAACCGUGGCUUUUUAAAUUCUUGAUUGGGAUAGGCAUAGGUGCAGAACUUGUGUUUAUAGCUCAGUUUUUUGUUAUGGGGUGAUUGUUGGGAUGCAAUUGAUGGUUUAAAGCAUUAAAAGCACCUACGUGCCAUUGAAAGGUUUGUACUUGGGAUUGAACUUGUGUUGGAGCAUUGCAAUUUACUAGUAUCAAAUAAACAUAGAUCUUUGCAGUUAA